AUGACGCAUUAUUACACAACAUUAUAUUUGACAGUACCUGUAACAACAGCCACUGCCGAAAGAUCGCUCAGUGUUCUUAAUAGAAUAAAAGCGUAUUUACGCUGCACAAUGAGUCAACAACAUUUAAAUCACGUUAUUAUUCCUCACAUUCAUAAAGAUAAAUUCGAUUUACUUGAUUUAAAGAGCGUCUGUUCUGAUUUUAUUUCAAAGACUGAAAUUAAUAUUCCUGCUAAUGCUACAUGGAAGCAGAACGGUGUGACUGUUGCUGGAGGUCACGGGGGAGGGGAUGCCACUAAUCAACUCAACUGGCCUCUUGGUCUCUUCGUUGAUGAUGAUCAAACAGUGGUUAUUGCUGACUACGGGAAUCAUCGUAUCAUGCAAUGGAAGAACGGUGAUACAACGAAUGGACAAGUUGUUGCUGGUGGCAACGGCCAAGGAAAUGGAUUAAAUCAAUUGAAUGUUCCAACUGAUGUAUUAAUUGACAAAGAGACGGAUAGUCUCAUUAUUUGUGAUGGAAAGAAUCUACGAGUUGUACGAUGGUCUCGUCGUAGUGGUACAACACAAGGUGAAAUACUCAUCGACAACAUCAAUUGUUAUGGAUUAGCAAUGGAUGAGCAGAGAUAUCUCUACGUCUCUAUCCACGGAAAACAUGAAGUAAGACGAUAUAAAUUUGGUGAGAACAUUGGCACUCUCGUAGCUGGUGGUAAUGGACAAGGUGCUGGGCUCAAUCAACUCUACUAUCCAACAUAUCUCUUUGUCGAUCGAGAUCAAAAUGUCUACGUAUCAGACUUUUCCAAUAAUCGUGUAAUGAAAUGGAAUAAAGGUGCAAAAGAAGGUAUUGUGGUCGCUGGAGGACAAAGCGCAGGGAGUUCUUUGACACAAUUAAAUGGUCCUCUCGGACUCUCUGUUGAUACGUUGGGUACACUCUAUGUAGCAGACUUCUGGAAUCAUCGUGUAAUGCGUUGGACUCAAAGUGGCAAGAAAGAAGGCACUGUAAUUGUGGGUGGAAAUGGCGAAGGAAAAGGAGCAAAUCAGUUCAGUAGCCCCUAUGGUUUGUCUUUCGAUCGACAUGGUAAUCUCUAUGUCGCUGAUUAUGGUAAUCAUCGUGUUCAACGAUUUUCUAUCAAAAAAGACUGCUGA